AUGUUUGCCCUUGUAUCUAGAACCGGAACGAGGAUUGUUCAUUCGAGCCAUGCGAUCCUGUCCCAAAUAAGUUCUCGGAGUUCUUCAUCUUCCCAAAGAGACCUUCCUGAUUUGGCCUUCGUUCUAGAGAAUUUUACGAUUCAUGACGUAGAAAAUAGAGAAAAUGGUUCCACAGAGUACAUUCUUCUUCCUCCAGAGAAAACCCUGAGCGACAUCUCUGCAGAUCCGUCUGUCAAGUUCGCUUCAAUUUUUCGGCAUCGAAACAUCUUGUUUGCUGCAAGAUCUUUCCACGACCAAUACUCUCUAGAAGACAUUUGUUUGCCUUUGGUCGAAAUUGCGUUGAAAGAGGCGGGCGAAAACGGAGAGCAGCCACAGGCAGUGGCAUCCUUGAACGGCCUUUGUGAUUGGGUAGAUUCUGCCAUCCGUGGAAACAUUCACAGUGAGGAGCUUUCAAGGCUUCAACAAAACGACCAAGCUUCCUUUGAAGCAGUGCAAGCCAUUGCCACCGGGAUUCCGCGAAGUGGUCAUUCUGUGGUAGGCGAGGGAACCUAUUUGGAUGGAACGGCUGGAUGGAAAGCGCUGUCUGUAGAGUUUUUGCUUCAAGGUAUGUCAAAGGAGUGCAAUCUAUACAAACAACGAAAUGCAAGACUCGUGAGUAUUGAACAUAUGGCCGAUCGAAGUCCGGCAUAUCUGCAAAGCGCAGGGGGUGCAAUGGCCCGACUUUUUUUUCUUUAG